CGGCACAUUCAACUCAUUACAUUCAACAUCAAUUUUUUAUAACAGCGAGUUCGAGCCCACGCUAUGGUGCGGCGCAUUCAACUCGGUUCACAUGACAACAUCAACGAGUUCGAGCCCACGCUAUGGUGCGGCGCAUUCAACUCGGUUCUCAUGA